AUGCUAAAGCUCUUUGUUUUCGCCGCCUUUGUGUCCUGCAUCGUUGCCCAGCUUGGACUUGGAUCAAAUCUUGGAUUGGGACUUGCCGGGCAAAGAGUUAAUGCCGGCUUUGGAGCCAGAACAGGUGGAUGGGGCGGGCAAUCGGGAUAUUACGGUGGACAAUCGGGGUAUUAUGGAGGAGGUCAACCCGGAUAUUAUGGCAGAGGUUCGCCCUAUGGAGUCCAGGCAUACGGUGGCGCUCAACAAGGAGGUUAUUGGGCUGGACGUGGAUUAGGAACUGCUGCGAAUGUCGGACUUGGAGUUCCCACAGGAAUUGCAACCGGCGUUGUUGGAGGUCUCUUGGGC